UCACCCCUUCUCUGUGCGCUCACAAGAAAAAGAGGAAGCGGAGGGAGAGCAGCGCGGCUCAGCUGAAGGACAAGAUAACAAACAAACCCAAACAAACUACCGAGCGGCUCAUCCUUUACGCGGAACAACGCGCCACAAACGACUUUUCUUUGCACCCGCAAGCUUUUUCUUUUUCUUUCUUUCUUUCUUUCUUAGGCGCAGGACAACUUGCGUUGCGUUAGUUAAAAAAAAAACAAGAACAUAAUAAAGACACAGAUCAGUCGGUGAGAGAAUGGCAGACUCGGCGGCGGCCAACAGCGACGGGGAGGACGGACCCCGUGAGCCCAUGCGGGGCUUCGCGCGUCAGGGAGCCCUGCGCCAGAAGAACGUGCAUGAGGUGAAGGACCACAAAUUCAUCGCCCGCUUCUUCAAGCAGCCCACCUUCUGCAGCCACUGCACCGACUUCAUCUGGGGUUUUGGCAAGCAGGGAUUCCAAUGUCAAGUGUGUUGUUUCGUGGUUCACAAACGUUGCCAUGAGUUCGUCACUUUCUCCUGUCCAGGUGCUGAUAAAGGACCUGCGUCAGAUGACCCGAGGGCAAAGCAUAAGUUUAAGAUCCACACCUACUCCAGCCCGACCUUCUGCGACCACUGUGGCUCUCUGCUCUACGGCCUCAUACACCAGGGCAUGAGAUGUGACCAUUGUAUGAUGAACAUCCAUAAGCGCUGUGUGGCCAAUGUGCCGAGUCUGUGUGGGACAGACCACACUGAGAGGAGAGGUCGCAUCCAGAUCACCGCUGAGGUCAAGACUAAUGUACUCACUGUUACCAUCAAAGAGGGCAGGAAUCUGGUUCCUAUGGACCCCAACGGUCUGUCAGACCCCUAUGUGAAGCUUAAACUGAUCCCAGAUCCUCGCAGCGAGAGCAAACAGAAGACCAAGACCAUAAAGUGCUGCCUCAACCCCACCUGGAAUGAGACCUUUAAAUUCCACCUGAAGGAGUACGACAAGGACCGCCGCCUGUCAGUGGAGGUGUGGGACUGGGACCUGACCAGCCGCAACGACUUCAUGGGAUCGCUGUCCUUCGGCAUCUCAGAGCUCCAGAAACAAGGAGUGGAUGGAUGGUUUAAGCUGCUCUCCCAGGAAGAAGGCGAGUACUUCAACGUUCCCGUUGCUCCGGAGGGUGAGGAGGGCAACGAGGAGCUACGGCAGAAAUUUGAGAGAGCCAAGAUCGGCCCUGGAAAGAACACAGAAGGCAAGUCGGCCAACGCUGCAUCCCGGUUCGACUCCAAUGGCAACCAAGAUCGCAUGAAGCUGUCUGACUUUAACUUCCUGAUGGUGCUGGGCAAGGGUAGCUUUGGAAAGGUGAUGCUGGCGGAGCGUAAAGGGACAGAGGAUCUGUACGCUGUAAAGAUCCUGAAGAAGGACGUUGUGAUCCAGGAUGAUGACGUGGAAUGCACCAUGGUGGAGAAGAGAGUGUUAGCGUUGUCUGGAAAGCCUCCGUUCUUAACACAGCUGCACUCCACCUUCCAGAGCAUGGACCGUUUGUAUUUUGUCAUGGAGUACAUAAACGGAGGAGAUCUCAUGUAUCAGAUUCAGCAGGUCGGCAAGUUCAAAGAGCCCCAUGCUGUAUUCUACGCGGCGGAGAUAGCCAUCGGUCUGUUCUUCCUACAUCUAAAGGGCAUCAUCUACAGAGAUCUGAAGCUGGACAAUGUGAUGCUGGACUGUGAGGGUCACAUUAAGAUAGCAGAUUUUGGCAUGUGUAAAGAAAAUAUGCAUGAUGGAGUCACCACCAAGACCUUCUGUGGAACACCGGACUACAUAGCUCCUGAGAUCAUAGCCUACCAACCGUAUGGAAAAUCAGUGGACUGGUGGGCCUUUGGCGUUUUGCUCUAUGAGAUGCUGGCUGGACAGCCUCCAUUUGACGGUGAAGAUGAGGAUGAGUUAUUUCAGUCCAUCAUGGAGCAUCACGUCUCCUAUCCCAAGUCAAUGUCCAAGGAGGCCGUCGCUAUCUGUAAAGGGCUGAUGACAAAGCAUCCAGCGAAACGACUGGGCUGUGGUCCUGAGGGUGAGAGAGACAUCAGGGACCACAGCUUCUUCCGCUACAUGGACUGGGAGAAACUGGAGAACAAGGAGGUGCAGCCGCCAUUCAAACCAAGAGCUUGUGGACGGGAUGCGGAGAACUUUGACCGUUUUUUCACACGCCACCCACCGGUGCUGACCCCUCCCGAUGAGGAAGUGAUUCAGAACCUGGACCAGGACGAGUUCCAGGGAUUCUCCUUUAUCAACCCAGAGUUCCCAGGAAAUGCUGCUACCACCACUGCCGCCGAGCAGGCUUGAUUUCAGCUCAUGCACGGACACAUGGAAUCAUACACACACACACACACACGCAGCAUAUACACAAUCAGUUUCCUUAGUAUCAACCUUGUGUACCCCUGGAAUACACACACACACACACACACACGCACACACACGCACACACACACACAUGCACAUGCACACACACAUAUCAACUUGAAAUGAUUUGUGCUGCCACAGGAACCUAAAAGCCAUGACUUAAACUAACACACAGACAUAUCACAACACAUAUACACACAUUUAUUGUUCACACUGCUGUAAGCUGGAUGAUGUGUUGAGGGUCCAUGUGCAGUAUAAAAUGGCCUAAAUGCAUGUGCAGCUUCAUAAGUACAAGAACUUAGAUAGAAAAUAAACAAAUCCAGUAUAUUUCCAUGCUUUUUAGGUGAUCAACAUGUUAGUAGUCACCAUUAGCUAUUGACUUAGUCAUUCAACACAAGCUUUCACAUUUGGGAUGAUUUUUAGCUUGAGAUGCAGACAGUGUGAACAGUGUUUGUAUUAAAUUUACCAGACAUCGUCAGAUUAAGGAUUAGAAAUUAAUGGUGACCCUCAAAAGUCCAUGAAAUCCAAAAUUUAAGGACAAAAAUUGAUUCCUCCAGCACACACAAGUACACAACUGCGUCAUUCACAUAAAACAUAUCUUCAGCAUUUCAUGUUUUGACUUCUUUUGGUGGAAAUUGUGAUUUAACUUUUCUUUUAGUCAUUCCUCGGCUACUCCGGCGCAUUUUGAGUUCGGCCUGUAAUUCUGGUGUGCUUUUUUAUUCAGUGUAUGAAAAUAAUAGUGUCUGUAUGUUUAUCCUUAUCUUAGCUAAACAAACAAAAAAAAAAACAACUGGAAUGCUUCACAUACUUGUGCAUGAGUUUCUAUAUCAAUAAUAGCCCUUCUUGUCUCCCAGCAGCAUUUUAGCAUCUUAUCUCUGCCGCCAUUGAGUGGCUGUUGUUCAAAACAUGUAUUAAAGAAACAUGGAGUAUGUUUUUACUCAAUGAGACAAUGGAAAUAUUAGAUUUUCUGUGUCUUGGAUCAAGAUGGUAAAAUGCUGCUGGGAAAUGUAGUCUUAUAUAGGCUUUGAGUCAGUUAAAUAGAUAGAUAAUACUACUUCUUAUACUCUGAUUUUCUGUUAUCUAGUAUUUAAGCAAUGAAAGAGACUAGCGGUUAGUUUCUUUGUGUUUUACAAAAGCAUGAUUCCGAUACCUGGGCAUUUGUUUACAGCGUAUGUAUGUGUGUGUGCACAUGUAUGUUUUAUAUGUGUGCGAACGAGUACCGCGUAUUUAAAACGCACAUUUGUGUUUGCAUUUUGGUUAUGUAUGUCCAUAACUGCCCAGCGCCUUGCCUGGCCUCGUGUCAACAUUUGUUUGUAAGGUGAUUGUUUGCACACCCCCUUCAUGUCCAGCAGCACCGGUAUGCUCACCUUACUUACUUUAGUGAAGGAAAAAGCUGCUUUCCUGUAGAAAUGCAUGUUAGUGAAAUUAAAACAAUCGAUUUCUUAUAAAGCGAAUAAUGAUACUAGAGACUGUUAGUGUUUACUUGGAGUCUUAAUGAAAGUUGUGCGUAAGUUAGUGUAGUCUUAAACCUCAUGUUUGAAUCACCAUUGAAAUUCAGUACUACAUGGUUCGAUUUCAGUACUUGAUCCUUUGCAGGGUACGAUGGUCUGGAAAUUAAAAUUGAAUCCAGUUUCCUGCUUUCAGGGUGCAAGUGAAGUACAUGAGUGUCUGAAAGGUUUCCUAGGCACAAAAGUUGUGGUAGAAAAAUGGAUUUCAUACAGAUAAGCAAACCAAUAUAUUGUGCAGCUCAACUUGUCCAGUUUACUUUUUUGGUUAAUGGAUUGCAGGGAAGGAUUUAAAGCUCAUCUCACUGUGACUGGUGUUUUUCCAAGUAGCCAUCUGCCUGCGCAAUAAGAAUUUCAGCAGCAGCAGCAAAUGUGGACACAGGUUAAAGCUAGGAUUUCUGAAGCAGGAAGAUGUGGUGUGGGUAUGUUUUGUCUUUUGUUUUUUUUCCCAGCUAGCAAUAAUGUUGUUGACAGUAAGACAGAUGUGGUAAUGAACCGACACUCAGAAGGCUCAGGUUAGAACUGUAAUUAAUGUAACUGUAAUUAAUUUAGAUACAAAAGGAUAUACGGCAUAUUGGUACAGAGAUUUAUCUCGGCUCAGAGAGAACGAUGUACUAAAUGAGUGCAGCUAAUGUUGUGUGGAAGUGCUUCUUCAUAUCACACUCCUCAUUAUCACAGAGAGGUUGUGGUGUUUAUCAGGCGUAGAGGCAUGAAGUUGUCUACACAGGCUCUGCAGGAAACGAAGAAUAAUGCUAUAAUAUCAUACGGUUAAUUCACUUGAACGGUUAUAGGACAUUUUUGACUUCAGAUUCCUAAAAUAUUUGUUGCUACGUUAAUGCAGAAGGCAGUAGGUCUUCAUAUACAAAUGGCCAGUUAGAGAUGUUGCUGUCGUUGAGACAGUUUGACUAGAAUUUUCUUUAAAAAUUUGAAAAAUUAAAACAUGUCCAACAGGUCAUGAAAAAUUAAAGUAAAACAAAAAUUGCAGGACACUAGCAAAUUAUGUUUAAUUUAAUUUUUAAAUUUAUUUCUACGGACAAAAACAGUAAUCAACAUUUCAGUAACACUUUUAAUGAGGUCACAUCUGUAGUGCGUUACGAAGCAGUUAUAAUCAUUUAUAAUGUAUUUAUAAUGCCUUACAGUACAUCCAUAAUGUUCCAUGACUGAAUGUAGUGCAUCAGAAAGCAUUAUGUGUGUUUAAGAGCGGUCAUGAAGCAUUAUGAAUGCAUUAUAAUGUAUUAUAAAUGUCCCCAUAAUGCACUAUAUAUAUGCUCCUUACAGAAAGUGUUACCGUGUCUGUAAAUGUGCCAGUUGGAUCAUUUUCCAAGUGAACUAAUUUUCUGCUUAUUCCUGACCAGUAGGACAGAUGGUAAAGAGUUAGCAGAAAGCUGAGGGAGCGAAGGCCUGAUCCCUUUGGGAAUGGCAGAAUUCAGAGCAGAAAGCCAGUUCCCCCUUAGCUGCCUCAUCAUUGAUUUCAAUGUUUUCACACGCCACCCCUCCGUAAUGCAAUGCAUAUGUUGGAUGCUUUUCGGUGGCAUUGAGACCUGUUACGUGAAGUCAUUUGAUGAGUUGUUCAGCACGGAAGAGCCGCUUUAGAGCUUUUACGUCUCGUCCACGAUUAUGAGAUUGAAAGUAACGACAACUGUGUGUGUUUUUAUGACUCGACGACGUAAACCAUUAUCUGUGUCGUACCUCCGUUGUCGGUAUUUAUUACAGUCAGUGUCUCCUGUAUUAUAACAACAAAAAUAUACACUUAUACAUGAGCAAAUACAGUAUAUAGCUGUGUCAAAUGUUGAUAUAUCCAUAUAUUUAUACACCAUGUGGUCAGUAUUGCAAAGGACAAGAGGAGAAGUAUUAUUCCAGGAUUUGUGUUUUGUUUCUAUGAUUCCUUCCUUCUGAAGGAGAAACAAAAUGAACUCUGCAUGAAAAAUGCUUUUGUUUUACCUUUUUAUUAGUUUAGAUUUAUAUACAUUUAACAUAUUAGGGUGAUUCAUGUUCUCUGUGUCAGCACUGCUUCAAAAGUGUGAUCCGAGCUACUGUUGUGUGCGCUACAUGUGAAAAUAAUGAAAUAUAUCAAAAAGAGAGAGAAAAAAAAUGCUUUUCACAUUGCUUUCCAUGUGCCAAAUUUUUUUUUGUUUUUGUUUUCCAGGAAAAACAGGCAUACCGAAAAUAAAGGAUUUAAAAGAUG